GCCAGGACCGAGAGGGCACGUCAUCUCUAUCAAUCAAGGGAACUGCGUGGUUCUCCUCUGAGGAAAUGUCCUCCCCGCACGCCCCGUCCAGCCGCCUGCCUGACCGUGCGUGGUUGUGGAUGCAAGAGAGGCCGGGCAUGAACCGCACUCCCGUCCAAUGAUUAUGCAGGGGAAAGGUGAUAAUGACUUCCUAUCAGGAGGGGAAAGCAGCCCUCAGCUCUCUGCAAAAGAGGUCACAGUGCCGGACCUUGGCGGCAGGUCUCCUCCUGAACCGGAGGUGGACGCGGCUCGUGGAUUUUGUUUGACUCUGUGCACCCCUUCGGACAAUUAUCCUCCCUCUCCUGCUCUCCCAGCACAAUGUUUGACUGGAGAGGGCUACCCUAAACUGGCCUCCCCUCACUCCUCCUGCGUCCCCUGGCGGUGCGCGGCGCAGAGCUCCCCGGGACGCAGAGACUCGGACGCAGAGACGCACUACUUCUGUUUUGGGUCACUUGCAGAGGAAAUUGGCCCGUCGUUUAACUCUGGAGCGUCGGCGGGAAGUUCGGACUGUAAUGGGGCCGCUGUGGAUGACAGGAGCAAAACUUAUGAGUGGAUGAGGGUGAAAAGGAGUCAGCAGAGACCAAGCAGGAUGCACAUGACCUGCUUCAGCACGGGCCUCUGCGUGGAGGAGGUCGGAAACCCGGCUGACCGCACCAACGGGAGCGGAUCCCCAAGGACCAGCUUCAGCACCAAGCAGCUGACCGAGCUGGAGAAGGAGUUCCACUUCAACAAGUACCUGACGCGGGCCAGGCGGGUGGAGGUGGCCGGCACCCUCCGGCUCAGUGAAACGCAGGUGAAGGUUUGGUUCCAGAACAGACGCAUGAAGCAGAAGAAAUUACAGCGGGAUGGGCUGAUCUCGGACUGCCCGGGGGUCCUCCGUGGGACGGGCCUGACCAGGGAAUCUGCGCACCUGAACUCCUGAACCGUACCGAGCGUUAGAGAGCGAUUAGGCGCCAGCCUGCCGGCAGAUGUUUUGAUUCGUGUUUGCAUCGUUUGCAAUCAGGCUUCACCUUUAUUUGUUUACCACGAUGGAUGCUGUGCUCCCGAGAAGCGCGAUGACAGGCUCCCUCCACGCAAGAACGAGUGAAAACGAUUUGUCAUUCAGCCCGGCUUCAGUAUGGGAUCUCUGAUUUGAAUAUUAAAAUGAAUGCCAUUUCAUUGCGCUUCAGUGUGCACAAUGUAAACGAAGAUACAAACUUCUUUAAUUGACCGUGGAAA